AUGUCUUCCGAUAAUACCUCUCAUCACAAACAUGUCUCCUCCCAUCACAAGCUUACAAAACCGAAUGAAAAGCAUCCCAGAUUUGGAAAUCUACCUCUAAGUACCAGUGGUCCUUUAGAAUGUGCUUUAACUGGCACCGCACUUCUCAACACACCAUACCUCAACAAGGGUGCUGGUUUUCCAGCAGAUGAACGUAAUACCUUUAAAUUGACUGGAUUACUUCCUUCAAAUGUAUCAACUUUGGAUCAACAGGUCAAGAGAGCUUAUGAUCAAUAUACUUCGAGGCCAGGUGAUUUGGCGAAGAAUACUUUCAUGACUUCAUUGGCCGAUCAGAAUGAAGUUCUUUACUACAGAUUGAUCCAAGAUCAUAUGAAGGAAAUGUUCUCCAUUAUUUAUACACCAACAGAAGGCGAAGCAAUCGAGAACUAUUCUAGAGUAUUCAGAAGACCAGAUGGUUGCUUCCUGAAUAUCGAUGAUCAGGAUCGAGUCCACGAUGACAUGGCUCAAUGGGGUGGACCAGAAGAUAUCGACUACAUCGUUGUCACUGAUGGAGAAGAAAUUCUUGGAAUUGGUGAUCAAGGAGUUGGUGGUGUCUUAAUAUCAGUCGCGAAGCUUGUUCUCACCACACUUUGUGCUGGUGUUCACCCAAAUCGAACACUUCCCGUUGUUUUGGAUUGUGGAACCGAUAAUGAGAAGCUUCUCAAUGAUGAUUUGUACCUUGGUUUAAGGAAACCUAGAGUACGAGGAAAGAAGUAUGAUGAUUUCGUGGAUAAAUUCGUCCAAAAUGCGAGAGAGCUUUAUCCUAAUGCUUAUAUACAUUUUGAGGAUUUUGGUCUUCCAAAUGCCCGAAGAAUUCUUGAUCGUUAUCGUCCUGAGAUGGCCUGUUUCAACGAUGAUGUCCAAGGAACUGGAUGUGUCACCCUCGCAGCAAUGAUGGCCGGUCUUCACGUGAGCAAGGUCAAGCUUGAAGAUACUCGAAUCGUAGUAUUUGGCUCCGGAACAGCCGGAACAGGAAUUGCAGACCAAGUUCGCGAUGCCAUCGCAGCCGAUGGUGGAAAAUCCAAAGAAGAAGCCGCCAAACAAAUCUACUGUGUCGAUAAGCCCGGUCUACUAUUGAAGUCACAUGGCGACAAACUCACUCCUGCCCAAAUUCCAUAUGCUCGUGAAGAUUCCGAUUGGAAAGGCAAAGAUCAUGACGAUCUUCUCGCCGUCAUCAAAGAAGUCAAACCACAUGUCUUGAUUGGAACUUCCACGAGACCAAAAGCUUUCACCAAAGAAAUCAUCCAAGAAAUGGCCUCCCACGUCGAACGUCCCAUCGUCUUCCCCCUCAGUAACCCCACCCGUCUUCACGAAGCCGAUCCCAAAGAUAUCAACGAAUGGACCAAAGGCAAAGCUCUAAUCGCCACCGGCUCACCAUUCCCACCCGUCACAUACGACGGUCACGAAUACGAAGUCGCCGAAUGCAACAACUCGACCUGUUUCCCUGGUAUUGGACUCGGAUGCGUCCUAUCCCGCACCAAAUUACUAAGUGAUAAAAUGCUCGUCUCAGCCGUCAAAGCCCUAGCAGCUCAGAGUCCAGCUUUGAAAAAUCCUGAUAAGGGAUUAUUACCUGAUGUAGUCAAUGUUCGCGAUAUCAGCGUACAUAUUGCAAAAGCGGUGAUUCAAACUUCGGUUGAGGAGGGAUUGGCUCAGGAAAAGGAUAUUCCAUCAGAAGAUGCAGAGUUGGAGGAGUGGAUUCGAGAACAGAUGUGGGAUCCGGUUUAUAGACCUUUGAGGUUUGUGGCGAAGGAGAAAGCGAGUAGAAUUGCGAGUGGGAAGAGUGGUACUGCUGAUUAG